AUGGAACACGAGAUCAUGCGCCAUCGCCCCGAUGCGAUCGACCUGUCGCACCACCUGUCGUUGCUCGCGAGGUCGAGGACGAGCUCGCCGCUCAAGGUACGUUCAUCGUCUCGGCCAUCGUCGAUCGGUGAUUGAUGGCUUAAGCGAGGGCAGCCUUCAAGUAGUAUGGCCCAGGCAUGGGACACAACUGCUGACCCAAGUGCCUCUCUACGACACACAGGGAAUGUACAAGUACUUUGGAAGGUUCGUGUUGAUCCCUCUGUAUUCCAUCCCCUGCGAACGAACGCACGCUCCGGGUUCGAUCCGCCACUACGUCACAUCGGCCACCAGACCGUCGGAAUCUUAUCGGAGGCCUUCGGCGACCGCGUGCUCGCGUGCCCGUGACGACCCCUGGCUCCCGGCAGCACAUGACCGUGAAUGAAGUAUCCAACUAACCUGGAGCACCUGACUCAAUAGACCUGGCAUGCUUAUGCUCGCCGGAGGAUUGCCCUCACCGGACUACUUCCCCUUUGACUCGAUCUCGGCCCACGCGCUCGUGCCCAACUCGUACAAGACGACCGACGCGACCCUGUCCUCGUGGCUAUGGUCCUUCUUCAAACCGACGACGACGACGAUCACGAUCCCCAAGUACAUUCCCAACGCUACGCCGGACCAGAUUCAACUUUCGUCGGCGUUGCAGUACGGUACCGCCGUCGGCCUCCCCUCGUUGGCCAAGUUCAUCAAGGAUUUCACCGAGCUCGUCUUCCGACCCGGCUACGCCAACUACGAGACCUUGGUCAACGCCGGCUCGACGGACGCGUGGAGCAAGCUCUGUACGACCCUCUUGGAACGUGGCGAUGGCUUCUUGUGCGAGCAAAACACUUACCCGAGUGCGCUGUCGACGGCUUGGCCGAGUGGAUUCCGACCCAUCCCUUUGCCCAUGGAUGGAGGCGGCUUCACCCCCGAAGGGCUGCAGGACCUGCUCGAAAAUUGGGACGUCUUUGCUCGCGGCGGCAUGCGUCGGUGAGUCGACCGAAACUGGCACAAGCCGAGUCCCCGUAUGGACUCCGUUCACUUACCUCCCUCCAUAGCCCUCGUGUGCUGUACACCGUUCCCGUGUGCCAGAACCCCACGGGCGCGACGAUGACGGCCGCACGCAAGCAACAGAUCUACGACAUUUGCGUCAAGUACGACGUCAUCAUCGUCGAGGACGACCCUUACUAUUUCCUCCAAGCCGGCGAAUACGAACCCGUCCACCUGCGCGGCAGGAAGGCCUCCAAGUCUUCGACCGAGACGGACGAGGAAUUCCUCCAAUCGCUCGUCCCUUCGUUCUUGAGGUACGACUACCAAGGGCGCGUCAUUCGCAUCGACACGUUCUCCAAGACGAUCUGCCCCGGAGCGAGGAUGGGUUGGACGACAGGUCACCCCGUGUUGAUGGAACGUAUGCAGAGGGCGAAUGAGAGUUCCUCGCAAGCGGCGAGCGGGUUUUCGCAGGCUUUGAUUACCAAGUUGUUGGUCGAGGAGUGGGGGAUGAAGGGAUUCUUGAGGUGGCUCAAGGGUGAGUGAUGGGUGCGCGUCAUAGUAGUGUCCGGAAUGGUCGCUGUUGACGCUUUCCCCUUCUUGCGUAACUACGUAGGCUUAAAGGCGCAGUACCGCAUCCGACGCGACACCCUCGUCGACUCUUUGCUUGUCCAGGGCCACGCCUCGUUGGACACCCGAUCGGUAACGGGCCGCAGCGAUCAGUUCCACUGGGUCGUGAAGCACCAAAGGGGCGAAAAGGGGUUCGUCGCUUCGAGUGACGAUGAGAAGGUUCUUCGUCGAGGUUCGGACGAGUCGACGAUCUUGUCGUUCGUGGCUCCUCAGGGUGGAAUGUUUGGUGAGCUGCGAAAAUAUCUUAGGUUACCGACUUGGGGAUAAAGGCUGAAUCAAACUUCUGGGUGCUACCAGUCUGGUUACGCAUUCACCUUUCGAACCACCCGCUGCACCCGUCCCAAUCGACCUCCUCGCUCAUCUUCAACCUCUGGGAACAACUAGCCGAGAACAACGUCCUCGUCGCCCCCGGCACCAUGUUCGACACCGAUCUGUUCGGCCAACCUCUAUCCCAAAGCACCGAUCCCGUAUCCGCCUCUUCGGGUCGGGGAGAAGACCAGGAACGAAUGGUAACAGAUCUGUUGGGACAAGGGAUCAAGCUCAUGCAGGAUCGAUCGGGGGAUGGCUAUUUCCGCUUGGCGUUCUCUUCCGCUUCAAAGCAAGAGAUGGAGAAGGCUUGUCAGAUCAUUGGGAAGGUCGUGGUCGGGUUCUUUGAGGCGCCGGAAGUGUGA